GAAUAUUUUUCAGAGUGUAUUGUAAUGUGUUAGGGUGGGUGAGAACAUCCUCUCUUAUCUGUGUCAGCCAGCACCAACUACUGCCUCCUCCUCCUUCUUUUACAACGCUUACCUCACUUAUUACCACAUUAUCUUAAUCGUUUUCAAAAGCCAUGGCGAAGAACACGUUAAGCUCUGAGUUCCGUAACAUUGAUGUGGACCAGUACAAUGAAGAUAAUUUCAAAGAUGAUGAUGUAGAGCCACAGAGUCCUCCCAUUGGUGUAGAUGAAGCCACCAUUAUUUCAUACAUGAAUUCUGGUAACCAUGCUGAUGCUCUCAAGCUUUUACUGGCAAAUGCUCCUGUUGCAUCUAAGGGAAAGAAUGAACAAGCAAAGGACAUGGCACUAAAUUUAGUCUUGAAGGUGCUGCUGUCAGUCAACAAAUCCCAAAUGGAUCAAAUCAUCACAUCCCUAGACAAGACACAGUUGGAUGUACUAAUGAAAUAUAUUUACCGUGGAUUUGAAAGACCAUCUGAGGGUUCCUCGGCCAUUCUUCUGAUCUGGCAUGAAAAAGUUUAUAACGCAGGGGGAGUGGGAUGUAUUGUUAGGGUGUUGACUGACCGGAAAAGAGUCUGAGGCAGAACUAUAUGGUAAUGUAUGUUAUUUAUGUAAGACUGAAUAUUUUAUGUCUAUAGUGUACUGGACAAUCUAAAAAUGGUGAAUCUAUGUGUCAAAUGUAUAACUCUUAUAUUUUGAGGAUUUUGCUUGAAGGUCAUUAUUCUCUUUCUCAUAUAUAUCUUAUUCUUUAUCACCCUAAAUUUAUAGGAACAAUCCUUAAAUGUAGAUUUGGUUCAUUGUGAAGUGAUCUUUACAAUUGUACAAAAGGAGAAAUAUUAUAGUUCUGUACCAAAGAUUUCAGUUAAGAAAAUUUGUAGCUAAGCAUUUUUAUUUUGUUAAUGGUUGAAGAGGGACUGUCAAUUCGUGCAAAGAAAAUAAAUGAUGUGAUGAUCUGGAGUACAGGACUCCUUCGUUGGUUGGUCCUUUGUGUUGAUAAAAUGGAAACAUUGUUUAUCAUAUUAUAUGAGUACGUAUAUAAAACAUGUCAGAUGUAUGUCAGUACAGUAUAUACAGGUUGAGAAAUUUCUCAUUUUCAAUAAAAAUUAAAUUUUUUUUUUUUUGAGCUCAUACAGUAUAUAUUACCAUUCAGAAAUGAAGAUUACAAACAGAAUUUUAGCUUCUUAAAUAUUUUGUGAACAAUCUGAGUUUGAAUACUAAUUAAGCACUGAUGAAUAUUUUAAAUAAGAAUUUCAACAUCAUUGAGACUAAAUUUAUACUCUUAAAUCAAACUUGAUGGCAACUGCAAGAAUGAAAACAUGAGUUUGAGGGCUUCCUAUAGUAGAGUAGGUAACAAUGGCACAGUUUAUCAUAAGUACUUGUGUAGAAGGCUUAAGAGUAUGGCAGUGGCUUAAAGGUGUGAAGGAAGUGUCAUAAUAACAUUGACAAAGCACGACAGGAAAUUUUAAAGUUUUAAUAUGGA